AUGUCGGCCGCCAAAGCGACACUCGAGGCGCUGGACCCCAGCGCCAGCUCCAAGAACACCCUCAAGAUCGAGAACACCGAGAAGCGCGACACCCUCGUUGCCGCCGAGAAGAAGUACCAGAAGCAAUGGCAGGAAUCCAAGGUCUUCCAGCAGGAUGCCCCCUCCACCGCCGAGUUCCCCUACGGCUCCGUCUCCGCCGACGACCUGCGUGCCAAGGCGCCCAAGUUCUUCGGCACCAUGGCCUACCCAUACAUGAACGGCGUCCUGCACGCCGGCCACAGCUUCACCGCGAGUAAGGUCGAGUUCGCCACCGGCUUCGCUCGCAUGCAGGGCAAGCGCGCGCUGUUCCCCCAGGGCUACCACUGCACUGGCAUGCCCAUCAAGGCUUGCGCCGACAAGCUGGUGCGCGAGGUUGAGCUGUUCGGCAAGACCUUUGAGGGCUGCAAAGAGGACGACAUCGCUGAGCCCAAGGCUGGCGAGGUCCCGGCUCCUACCGAGGAGACCACCAAGGCCGACAUCACCAAGUUCAAGGCGACCAAGGGCAAGGCCAACGCAAAGACCAUCAAGACCAAGUACCAGUUCCAGAUUAUGCUCUCCCUGGGCAUUCCGCUCGAGGAGAUCCACAAGUUCGCCGAUCCGCAGUACUGGCUGGAAUACUUCCCGCCGAAGUGCCAGGAGGACCUGAUCUCCAUUGGCGCGCGUGUGGACUGGCGCAGGUCCAUGGUUACCACCGAUGCCAACCCUUACUACGAUGCCUUCGUCCGCUGGCAGAUGAACCGCCUGAAGGGUCUUGGCAAGAUCAAGUUCGGCAAGCGCUACACUGUCUAUUCCCCCAAGGAUGGCCAAGCCUGUCUUGACCACGACCGUAGCUCCGGCGAGGGUGUCACGGUCCAGGAGUACACUGCUUUGAAAAUGAAGGUCCUUGAGUGGCCUGAGCAGGCCAAAUCUGUCAUUGGCGAUAAGAUCCCCAGCGGUGCCAAUGUCUACUUUGUCCCUGCCACUCUCCGUCCUGAGACUAUGUACGGCCAGACGUGCUGUUUCGUUGGCCCCAAGGUCAAGUACGGCAUCUUCAAGGUCACGGACAACGAGUAUUUCUUCCUGUCCCACCGUGCUGCCCGCAACAUGGCCUUCCAAAACAUCUUCCCCAACUGGGGUGUUUUCCCUCACAUUGUCGACCUCCAGGGCUCAGACGUCGUUGGUACUCUGGUCAACGCACCGCUUUCCGUACAUAAGGAUGUCAGGAUUCUUCCCAUGGAGUCGGUCAAGCCCACCAAGGGUACCGGUGUUGUUACUUGCGUGCCUUCUGACAGCCCUGAUGACUAUGCCACCACGAUGGACCUGAUCAAGAAGGCAGAGUACUACGGCAUCAAGAAGGAGUGGGCGGAACUCGAGAUCAUUCCCAUCAUCAAGACGCCUACGUACGGCGAUCUCACUGCGAAGACGCUGGUUGAGAAGAUGAAGAUCAACUCUCCUAAGGAUGCCAAACAGCUCGCUGAGGCCAAGGAAUUGGCCUACAAGGAGGGCUUCUACCAGGGCGUUAUGACGUAUGGCGAGUUCGCUGGCAAGUCGGUGCAGGAUGCCAAGCCCCUUGUCCGUACGCAGCUGAUUGACGCGGGCCUUGCCUUCCCUUACGGCGAGCCUGAUGGCAUGGUCAUGUCCCGUUCGAGUGAUGAGUGUGUUGCUGCAUACCUUGACCAGUGGUACAUGAACUACGGUACCACUGAGAACGGUGGCGAUGGUGAGUGGUGCGACACUGUCUUGAAGCACCUCGAGAACGGCAUGAACACCUUCUACCCUGAGGCUCAGCACGCUUUCAAGAUGACCUUGGGCUGGUUGUCGCAGUGGGCCUGCUCGAGAUCGUACGGCCUUGGUACGAAGCUGCCCUGGGACGCCAACCAGCUCGUGGAGUCUCUUAGUGACAGCACCGUGUAUAUGAGCUACUACACCAUUGCUCACUACCUGCACGGUGACAUCUUCGGCAAGACGCAGGGUCUCUCCAAGCAGAGGAUCGCGCCCGAACAGAUGACCGACGAGGUCUGGGAUUACCUCUUCUGCCGUACUGCGGAUGUCAAGACCGACAUUCUCAAAGAGGAUCUCGAGGCGAUGCGGAGAGAGUUUGAGUACUGGUACCCUCUUGAUCUCCGUGUCUCCGGCAAGGACUUGAUCCAGAAUCAUCUUACCUUCUGUCUCUACAUCCACACCGCUCUCUUCCCUCAGAACAAUUGGCCGCAAGGUUUCCGUGUCAAUGGCCACCUUAUGCUCAACGGCGAGAAGAUGAGUAAGAGUACUGGCAACUUCCUGACUCUUGGCGAUGCCGUGAAGAAGUACGGUGCCGACGCGACCAGAGUGGCUCUUGCCGACGCCGGCGAUGGAAUCGAAGAUGCCAACUUCGAGGAGACUGUCGCCAACGCCAUUAUUCUUAAGCUCUUCGAGCUCAGGAAGUGGUGUGAGGAGAUGGUCAACGAAGCACACCUGGUUGACGGCGAGGCGCAGUACAAGGAGGCUCGCGACGGCGGCAAGGUCAAGAACGCUGAUAUCAUCCAGCGCACCGGUGAGAAGCAUCUCUGGGACAAGACGUUCGAGAACGAGCUCAACAGUUUGGUCAUUGAGACGAGGGAGCACUACGAGAACACCUCGUACAAGCUCGCUCUCAAGUCAGGCUUCUACGACUUCACUGCCGCGCGUGAUUUUUACCGUGAGGUCACGAAGGCUGCCGGCAUCGGCAUGCACGCCGAUCUCGUCAGGCGUUUCGUUGAGCUUCAGGCUCUCCUUCUGACGCCCGUUGCUCCCCACUGGGCUGAACACAUCUGGCUUGAGGUCCUCAAGAAGCCCGAGACGAUUCAGAAGGCACUUUACCCGACCGUGGCCUCGCCCGAUCCGUCUCUCACUGCCGCCCGCGAGUAUGUGCGCAACACAACCUCGAACAUCACGUCGGCCGAAGGUCAACAGGUUAAGAAGCUUGCUAAGGGCAAGGCCGUUGCUUUCGAUCCCAAGCAAGACAAGAAGCUCACCAUCUUUGCUGCCGAGGCAUUCCCCGUCUGGCAAGACAAGUACCUCGACCUUGUGCGCCAGAAGUUUGAGGAACUCGGCCUUGUGGAUGUCAAGGUUCUCACCAAGGAGAUUGCCAAGCCCGACAUGAAGAAGGCCAUGCCGUUCAUCCAGGGGUUGAAGAAGCGCCUUGACGGCGGCGAGAAGGCCGGAGAGGUGUUUGACCGCCGUCUUCCGUUCGACGAGAUCGCGACGCUCAAGGAGAUGGUGCCGGGUCUGAAGCAGCAGGUUACCAAGCUGAAGAUUGUUGACAUUGUGGGUGUCAAGGAGGGCGAGAAGGUCGGCAAGGUCCUCUUUGGUGAGGGUGAGACCAGAGAUAGCCUCCCGCCGAGCGCCGAGGCAGCGGUGCCUGGAGCGCCGACAUUCUUCUUUGAGAAUAUGUGA